CUCUGCUGUCUCUGUGAAUGUCAUUUUUCGAGCCUGGAUUUGAUUUGAUUUGAUUUAACGCAGACAAACGGCGCAAAUCGGCUUCAUCCCCGAACUUCGGUGUGUUUUGGGUGUUUGCCGCCCUGUGUCUGAGCUCAUUGCGCAGACAGAGGACACAGGAUGAAGUAUUUCACCAGACUGAGAGUCAGGAGAGUCUACCAGUGGCGUGGAGAGCCUUCAAGUUUCAAUAGGAAGCUAAAAACCUAUGAAUAUGGCUCUUUGACCAUCAGUGUGGAGGGUCUCCCGAGGACCACCAUCAUUAACACUGGCCAGCACAUUCUCAUUGAGGGGGAGGAUGAAGACAGUCCGUAUGUGGCCAAAGUCAUCAAGCUGUUUGGUGACGAGAGCGGGAAGCAGAAAAAGGCGGUGGUGCAGUGGUUUGUUCGUGUGUCUGAAAUUCCCCCGGGCAAGCUGAAGCUGCUGGGCAGAGAGCCUCACACACAGGAGAUCUUCUACUAUCAGGGUCGCAACUGUGACGAUGAGGUUGACGCCCAGUCCAUCCUCAGACCCGUGCAGGUGAAGCACCUGGAUGCAGCAGCCCCGUUCCCUGACUCUGACGAUAAAGACACUCUGUAUGUGAAGCUGUCGUGGGACUCUAAGACCUUCAGGGUGAUGGACUCUGCUGUGGUGGAGCCUGCCUCUGAACCUGCUCUGGCUUCCUCUCCUCCUUCCCGUCCCAAACCCUCCCUCCCCCCCUCGCCCUCCUGCUUGCCGCGUGCGGCAACUCCAGCGUCCCGAGGCCCCUCGCGACGUGCCUUGCCCACACCGGACCCUGCCGUCAUGCGCAGAGCGUCUUCUGGAGAAGUGAGGUACAGCAGGGCCACCAUGAGCGCGGGCAAGGCCGGUGCUGUGGAAGCCGAGUCCCUGCACUCAGCCACCAAACUGUCGGCCUCAAAAUGUCUGAGCGCCAAGAGGAGGAGCGCCUCUGCCAGGACGCCCGGAGUCCGCAAGAGACUGGAACUCAACAGUCCAGAGAAGAUGAUCCGAGAGGAUGUCCUGAGCCAGCUGCUGGACGAGGACCUGGAGUCGGAGGUGACUUUGGCUCACAGGCUGUCGUCCUCUCCUCCUCAGGCACUGCCCCUCGCCCACAGCCUCGUCCCCCUCAGGAAGGCCCACAGAGCCCCCGCCGCUCAGGACGCCAUCCCCCUGCUGCCUGCCGCCAUCGUCCUUAACAAACUGCCUGCCUCUGAGAUCGACAGUCCUCCCUCGUCUGCCAGAGGCGACUCCACCAGUCCUCAGCAGGGUGAUGCCAUGGAGGCAGAGUUACCGACCGGCUCGGUUAAAACACCGAGAAGAAGAAACGCCACCCAGAGGAGAAACGAUUCCACCAGGGGGCAGAAAGCUUCCACUCCGUCUCGGAAGAAGAGAGAAGAUCUGAAAACCCUGCGGGAACCAGCUCUGGGCGUGCUGGCUGAGGUGGACAAUGAAAACUCCCCGAUGCUUCCAGCCGCCGCCACGCCAAGGAGCUCUAAGAGGAAGUCGGCCCAGAUGGUAUCAUCUCGCAUCAGGAAACAGCUGAAUCUUCUGGACAACCGGCAGGAGCUGAAUUCAGAUGGAGAGGACGUGGACGAGUUUGUUCCAUCGAAGAAGGAGCUGCAGAGCAGCAGCAGCGAGGAAGAGGAGGAGGGUGAAGAGGAGGCGGGGCUGGAUAGCGAUGAGGAAGUAUUAGCAAAGAAGAGGCGACACGCUGCAGCAGGAUCUCAGACUCCUCGUUCAAAGCAGAAAACUCGCUCCUCCGCCAGGACGCCGCGGAAAACUCCCAACAAAAAGAUCACGCCCGGAACGCCACGGACCCCCCGUCAUGCCACUCCCAGCAUCCCCAGCAGGUCACUGCCGGCACGACAGCCCGCUAAUGUCCUGGAGGAGGCCAGAACCAGGCUACAUGUGUCCUCGGUGCCGGAGUCGCUUCCCUGCAGGGAGCAGGAGUUUCAGGACAUCUACAGCUUUGUGGAGAGUAAGAUCAUCGACGGUACCGGAGGGUGUAUGUAUAUCUCAGGUGUGCCAGGCACAGGGAAGACAGCCACGGUCCACGAGGUGAUGCGAUGUCUGCAGCAAGCGUCCGAGGAGGACGAGAUCCCUCCUUUCCACUUCAUCGAGAUCAAUGGGAUGAAGAUGACGGAUCCUCAUCAGGCCUACGUCCAGAUCCUGCAGAGGCUGACGGGUCAGAAGGCCACAGCCGACCACGCGGCAGCUCUGCUGGAGAAGAGAUUCAGCAACCCUGCACCCAGGAAGGAGACCACGGUGCUGCUGGUGGAUGAAUUGGACCUGUUGUGGACGAGGAAGCAGAAUGUGAUGUACAACCUGUUCGACUGGCCCACGCGGCGUCACGCCCGCCUGGUGGUGCUGACCAUCGCCAACACCAUGGACCUGCCGGAGAGGAUCAUGAUCAAUAGAGUGGCCAGCAGACUGGGUUUGACCAGGAUGUCGUUCCAGCCAUACAGCUUCAAGCAGCUGCAGCAGAUCAUCACGUCCAGGCUGAACAAGUUGAAGGCCUUCGAGGAGGACGCUCUGCAGCUCGUGUCCAGGAAGGUGGCCGCUCUGUCGGGCGACGCUCGUCGGUGUUUGGACAUCUGUCGCAGGGCAACGGAGAUCUGCGAGCACUCUACUGCCAACCCUUCUGCCCCAGGAUUGGUGGGAAUGAGUCAUGUGAUGGAGGCUCUGAAUGAGAUGUUUUCCUCCGCCUACGUCACCGCCAUAAAGUGUGCAUCGGUGCAGGAGCAGCUCUUCCUCAGGGCGGUCAUUGCUGAGUUUCGGAGGCUGGGAUUGGAGGAGGCCACCUUCCAGCAGGUGUUCGUGCAGCAUCAGGCUUUGUGUCGGGUGGAGGGUCUGCAGCCCAUCAGCGUGUCGGAGGGCCUGGCAGUGUGUCAGCGUCUGGGAGCCUGUAGGCUGCUGCUGCUGGAGCCGAGCCGGCUGGGAGUCCUGCAGCGCGUGCGCCUCAACGUGAGCCAGGACGACGUGCUGUACGCCCUGAAGGCCGACUGAAGGCGUGUGGGGCCACAGCGUUGUAUUAACUAAUCAUGACGUCAUUCGUUCGAACUCUGAUGAAGGUGAGGGUGUCUGUGUCUGCAGUCUGUGAUCCAAACGGAAAUGAGUGAAAUCAGACAGAACUGAGCUUUUAAACCGGAAAUUACUGUUUUACUGCAAAUUAAGACUUUUUGUUUGCAUGUGAGAGCAUGUUGUUGUUAUGUUGUUGUUUUUUUGUUGUUGUUGUUUUUUUCUUAAUAAGUCAGGUUUUUUGCCUUGUUUUUGGUCUUUUUUUUUUUUUUUUUUUUUAAUAGAUGGGAGAGUUUGUAAUGUCCCCAGUUUAAAUCAUAUUUUAAAAUGUGAGAUUUUGCUCUUUCUGGUAUUAUUUUUAAUAUUAUAUAGUUCAUCAAA